UCGUCGAGGAAAAUGGAGCGAUGCGGUCACGUGAACAUCGCCAUGAUAGAAGAAAUUUGCGCCAACGGCUCGGCGGGGUCAAAGGUCACCAACAUCACGGAGCCGACCAAGCAGCCGUGCGGCUCCACCGUCAGCUUCCAUGACGUCCGCUACAAACUACACGUCAAAGGCGGCUUCAUGGGCAAAAAAGCGUCAAGCCUUCGCCAGAUACUGGUGGACCUCAACGGCAUCAUGAGGCCGGGCCUCAACGCAAUUCUCGGCCCAACCGGCAGCGGCAAAUCAUCUUUCUUGGAUAUUCUCGCCGCGAGGAAGGAUCCUUCUGGUCUCUCGGGGGAGGUUUUAAUCGACGGAGCGCCGCAACCACCAAACUUCAAGUGCCUCUCGGGAUACGUAGUCCAGGAGGACGUUGUCAUGGGCACGCUAACGGUGAGGGAGAAUCUUCGUUUCUCGGCAGCCCUGCGUUUGCCCAACUAUGUGUCGGAGCGUGAAAAAGAGGCCCGUGUCGAUCACCUCAUCACAGAACUGAGCCUUGCCAAGGUGGCCGACUGCAAGGUGGGCACUCAGAUGACUCGUGGAAUCUCAGGAGGCGAAAGGAAGAGGACCAACAUCGGAAUGGAACUCAUCAUCGAUCCUCCCGUUCUGUUCCUGGACGAGCCCACCACAGGACUGGACGCCAGCACGGCUAACUCGGUCCUGCUGUUGCUCCGAAGGAUGGCCAACCACGGGAGAACCAUCAUCAUGUCCAUUCACCAGCCUCGCUACUCCAUCUACCGGCUCUUUGACUCGCUCACCUUGCUGGUCGCUGGCAAGAUGGUGUACCACGGACCAGCGCAGAGCGCUUUGGAUUACUUCGCCAACAUUGGAUAUUCCUGUGAAGCACACAACAACCCGGCUGACUUCUUCCUGGAUGUGAUCAAUGGAGACUUCACCGUCACCAGCAUGUCCAAAGUCGACAUUUCUGAGGGUACAGUAGAUAUGGAGUUUGAGGAGCUGAGCAGCAGCAGGCAGAGCAUGGAGGAGCACCUGGUGGAGGAGUACAAGAACAGCAGCUACUGCAGCGACACGCACACCCAGCUGGAGCGCAUCCUGCAGGACAAGCGCUGCUCCUCGCGGCCCAAGUCCCGCACCGUCACCUACAACAGCUCCUUUUGCCACCAGCUGCAAUGGGUGCUGCACAGAACGUUCCAGAACCUAAUGUUGAACCCACAAACGUCCGUGGCCCAGGUGGGGGUCCACAUUUUCCUGGCUCUCAUAGUGGGGGCCAUUUUCUUCAGGGUCAAAGACGAUCAGAGUGGCAUCCAGAACAGGAUGGGGGCGCUCUUCUUCAUCACCACCAACCAGUGUUUCAGCACGGUGUCGGCGGCCGAGCUCUUCAUCACCGAGAGGAAACUGUUUGUGCACGAGUACAUCAGCGGCUACUACAGGGUGUCUGUCUACUUCCUGUCCAAGGUCUUGUCCGACAUGGUCCUGCGCACCGUCACCUCGGUCAUCUUCAGCUGUGGGGUCUACUUUUUGAUCGGGCUGAAAACCACAUUGGCCGCCUUCUCCGUCUUCACGCUGACGGUCACCCUGGUGGCCUACACCGCCACCGCCAUGACCAUGGCCAUCUCCGCCGACCAGACGGUAGUGGCGCUCGCGAACAUCUUCAUGACCAUCACCUUCGUCUUCAUGAUGAUCUUCUCAGGUCUCCUGGUCAACCUCCCGAGCAUCAUGGACUGGCUGGCGUGGCUCAAGUACUUCAGUAUUCCUCGCUACGGCCUGGCGGCCUUGAAGAUCAACGAGUUUGUGGGUUUGAAAUUCUGCGAGGAGGCCGGCACCACGCCCAACGUGUCCGCCGUGGCCACCAACUGCAGCACCAUGAGCACGGUCGGACUGACAUGUACGGGCGAGCAGUACCUGGACUAUCUGGGGAUAGAGUACACCACCUGGGGCUUGUGGGAGAACCACCUGGCUUUAACCGUCAUGUUGUUGGCGUUCUUGCUCAUUUCCUACCUGAAGCUUCGCUACAUUAAGAAGUUCACUUGAAAUGUUAGUCCCAGUCGCUAACUUACUGGGAAAUGCUACGCAAAGUUCCUAGCAGGUUUGUGUUCAAAGGGGUUAUUUAUAUAUUAGAUCCUUUCUGUUUUAGAGUUAGACUAAACGUUUGCAUGAUGUAUUGACUUCAACAGUGAAUAUUUGCAAUUGUACAGUAAAAUUUAAAUCCAACUCUUUUUGGGUUUUUUUUUAUUGUUUUAAUUUUUUUCUGUACGUUAUAUAUCCAUUCGGAAAGUAUUUACUGCACUUCAUUUUUUCCACAUUUUUUCAUGUUACAGUUUUAUUCCAUAAUGGAAUAAAUUCAUUCAAAAUUCUACAAACAAUAAUAAUAAUAGAUUUUAUUUGUAAAAAGCCCUUGGCAUUGAGCAAAAAACCUCAAAGUGCUCCAGUGUAUUAAAAAAUAAAAUAAAAAGAUAGUAAAAAUAAAAAUUAGAACAGCGUAAUAGCUAGAACUAGUAUGCAUAUAUGUAAAAAAAAAAAGGCUCUUUUAAAAAGGGUUUUUAAGCCUUGUUAAAAAAGCAUCCACAGUCUGUGGUUCCCUCAGGUGGUCAGGGAGAGCGUUCCACAGACUGGGAGCGGCAGAGCAGAAAUCCCGGUCCCCCAUAGUUUGUAGCUUUGUCCUGGGAGGAGACUUCAACAGUGAAUAUUUGCAAAUAUACAGAACAAUUUCAAUCCAACUCUUUUUUAUAUAUAAUGUUUUGGUUUUUUUCUGUACAUUAUAUUUACAGCGCUUCAUUUUUUCCACAUAUUUUAUGCUACAUUUUUAUUACUAAAUGGAAUAAAUUCCUUUUUUCCCAAAAAUUCUACAAACAAUAAUAAUAAUACUAGAUUUUAUUUUCUAGAAAGCACUUUACAUUGAGCAAACAACCUCAAAGUGCUACAGUGUAUUUAAGAAAAAAUAAGAUAGUAAAAAUGAAUUAAAAAACUACAACAGCCUAAU